ACACUGAUGUUCUUAGAGAGAGACUUUGUUGUUAAAGCUGAUUGUUCAGCAGCGAAAUGAUGCUCGACAUAGCUGAAACGGACCUACUUGGAAGUUUCAUUAGACAGGUUUGCUAAUUAGUGUCGCAUUCGAGUUGAAAGGGGCAGAAAUAUGCAGCUUUGACAAUUCUUCUCACCUGGAAGCUGAUUGGCUAAGUUAUACGUCGGCUCAGCGUCUGUCAAGAUAACUGCUGAAGACAGAGUGCCUUCUUAUUCCUCUGAGCCUCCCUGAGGGUGCAGCUGUAUGAUUACAGGUGCUGCUCCGAUAUGACUAAAAGAAGCCCCUCUUUUCAGCUUGUCAAAAGGAUGCUGAACCAUCACUGCAGAAGGAACCCUGAGCUUCAUGAGGAGCUGCAGAUCCAGGCUGCAGUGGCAGCCGGGGAUGUCUGCACUGUCAGGAGAAUGCUGGAACAAGGAUACUCACCCAAGAUCCGCGAUGCCAACGGCUGGACACUGCUCCACUUCUCUGCUGCCAAAGGAAAAGAGAGAUGUGUUCGAGUCUUUCUGGAGCACGGAGCUGACCCCACAGUGAAGGACUUUAUCGGUGGCUUCACAGCACUUCACUAUGCUGCUAUGCAUGGCAGAGCACGCAUCGCCCGACUGAUGCUGGAAUCCGAGUUUCGCAGUGACAUUAUAAAUGCAAAAAGCAACGACGGGUGGACGCCGCUGCACGUGGCCGCCCACUACGGGCGAGACUCAUUUGUACGCCUCCUCCUCGAGUUCAGGGCCGAGGUGGACCCACUGAGUGACAAAGGUACCACACCACUGCAGUUGGCCAUAAUCCGGGAGCGCUCCAGCUGUGUACGGAUCCUCCUGGACCACAGCGCCAAUAUUGACAUUCAGAAUGGCUUCCUGCUGCGGUAUGCCGUCAUCAAGGGCAAUCACUCAUACUGCCGCAUGUUCCUGCAGAGGGGAGCGGACACUAAUCUUGGACGUCUUGAAGAUGGCCAGACUCCCCUGCACCUGUCAGCCCUCAGGGAUGAUGUGCUGUGUGCCCAGAUGCUCUACACAUAUGGAGCUAACACCAACACCAGGAACUAUGAGGGCCAGACACCGGUAGCUGUAUCUGUUAGCAUGUCUGGGAUCAGCCGGCCCUGUCUGGACUUCUUGCAGGAGGUCACCAGACAACCUCGGACCCUACAAGACUUGUGUCGAAUAAAAAUCCGUCACUGCAUAGGCCUUCAAAGCUUGAAAUUCUUGGAGGAUCUACCAAUUGCAAAGGUUAUGAAAGACUAUUUAAAACAUAAGUUUGACAAUGUGUGAAGGCAGCAACAAUAGAAGAGCAGAAGGUGACUGAAACACUCUGCUGUUAUUUAUGAAGGCUAUGCAAUCACUAAGUCCACAGGUCUGUUCCCCACACGCUGAGGAAUAGUUAGUCCAGUUUGUUUGUCCAGUUCAACACGUUAACAAUAGUUUCCCGCCUGAGUUUUCCAUUUAAACCUUUUUACGGUUACAGAAGAUUGGAAAUGGAGCCACCUCAUGUGAGCAGACAUUAUUGUUUUUGUGGGAAAAAGAAACCUCAUUUGACUGCAGAUAGCAUUCUGUUGAUCUUGUCACUGUGCAUGACAUUAUCCUUGCUGGCUCAGAUUGUCAUCAAGUGCGUACUUGCCAAUGAUUAUAUUUUAAUUUAUUUCUUCCCGUCUAUUUUUACUGAGUUAAACUCAACAAGAUGCAGUGACAAUUAUAUUUCUGACUGAAAAUCAUGGUGUGUUGAGCUGCUUGGAUACUGAUAGCUUAAAAAAAUCCUCCUGAUCCUCCAACAGUCAGACUGUAGAUCAGUCGGGCAGUUAGUCAGACAUCACCAACCAGACUCGAAAUGUUCUUCCAGCUCACUGCUGAUGUUUUGUGAACUGGGUGCUGUAACGAAAUCAGGCAGUGUAUCUUUUAAAAAAAGAAUAUUACCCAGGAUUAGAUUUACACAAAUGUGGCAUUUCUUUUUUCCUGAUUGGCAAGAAUGACUUGCACAGACACGAAGAAGAAUAUAGCACGCAGUUGAAAUGAUUUUGGAGUUUAAGUUUGACGCUUACAAAUGAUUAGAUGCCACCAGUUGAACAGCGAAAGCGUUCUGCAGUGAUCAACCACAAAUCAAGUUGCUUUGACCAUUUCUACACCAUAAGUAGUACAUUUAAGUUUGGGGUGAGUGCACUGUGAUAGAGUUCUGUUCUGAAAGCACCACAUUCACUCUGUAAAGGUGUGGUUUAAAUAUGAAUAACACGUCUGUUUUAGAUAACACUGACACACAAUCGCUAGAAGCUACAGUCAAUGUAAAUAUGUUACAUGUACAACAGAUAUUUUUGUAGAAUUUAUUUAAGCAAUGAUCUCUGGUAUUCUUAAUGUAUUUAAAGUUUGGAUAUAAUAUUAUGAUCUGUUUGGUGUGACUCAAAUAUUUCUUUUGUGUGUGUGUGUGUGUGUGUGUGUGUGUGUGUGUGUGUGUCGGAGUUGAAAUACUCUGUUGUACAGGAAUCAUUUGGAGUUAAGUGUUUUCUUUUAUAUCUAUGGCAGAAAUGUUGGGUGCUUUCUUAAAAUUCAUCAUCUGCAUCUUGCAGGUAACUCUAUUGUGGAGAUUAUACUGUGAAUUUUUCAUUUUGUCAAUUAAAAAUAAAAUGUAGGAUUUUUUUGGGGGGGGGGGGGGGGGUCUAAAUAUUACCCAUGCAACAAGAUUUUUUUUUUCUUUGUCUCUGCAUGUGUUUAAAUUGCAUAGUGAAUUUAUUUGGCAUCUAAAGUUGGUUUUCCUAAAAUGUUGUAUUCACAGAUCCAUUCAAACAGUGUUUGCCUGCUUUAAAACGUCAGUGGUCAUGUUAAUAUUUAAUUUUUCAUUUGUCUCCAGCUUUGUAUUUGGACAUUUUGUGAAAAGUGAGUUGGGGUUUUUUUUUGUUUUGCAAAUGAUGAGCUCUAUGCAGCUAAACUGAGACAAAUACCUUUCCCAUGUUUCCAAAAAUAGUUUGAGUGGGUUAAUGUAGGAAAAUGUAAAGUGAAUGAGGUGGUUAGGGGAGCUGCAUGGAAUAGAUUUUUUUAAAUGAAUAACGAGGGUCACAACCAUAAAGAUACGAUCCUGUGUCCCAUCCCGUGUGUCCUUUGUGUCCUCAAAGCCUCCUCUACUCUGUGCCCUGAAAAUAACGAAAGUUGACAGCUAUGGGAGAAAUUUAGUGAAAUCUUAGGUCAUUAAAGGUGCUCUGGUGGAGUUUCCAACAACAAACUAACAAAAGUUAAGUUUACAUUCAGUGUUACUCACCAAAUUACAUUGUGUGUGUCCGUUUAACGAACUAGACAUCUUCCUCCUUUGUUGGUGCAUUGCUGUGUUUUUAUGUGGCAUUAGUGCCAGAAUCACGCCUGUCAGUCCGUGAAAUAGCGUGAAACAGCUAGCCGGAGUGUUUAUCUUAUCAAUCGUGUGCACCUGCUCAUUCGGAGAAAAACUGCUGGAGGUCAAAGAACUCCACAGGAUACCUUUAAUCCGAACCAGUAGUCCUGGAUCUGACGCUUAAUGAUGGCAGAUUUAGGCCUGAGGACCAAAGACCAAAAUACAGCGUCCAUAAAAAUACACAAUACCACAUUAGCAAGUAUAUAUAUCUGUUUGGUGCCACUUUUUGAAUUUUUUUUUUUUUUUUUUUUUUUUUUUUUUAAAGAAGUGCUCCAUGGCUAAAGUUUGCAUUUUGCUGUAUUCUGAAAACAUGAUGUGAGUGGAUGAUGACUCUCUGCUUGCACUUAUUUGUACUGUUUAUAUGGUCAUUUCUGGCCGACUGGUGGUCAUCAGCUGUUAGCAGUUUGGAUGUGAUAUUACGCUGUUACUACAGAUUUGAAAGGAUACCCAUAUGUUCAGAAAAUGUUCCUGAGUUUACAGUCCUGAUCAAAAUCAUUGACUGGAUUUCAAGCACGUAAUUCAGAAUGUCUGCAGAAAUAAAUGCAAAUGAGCCAAUAUUGUAUAAUCAGGAUGUUUUAAUAAAACGUCCAAGGUUACUGAACAGAAGGAAAAACUCACUGUCCUGCUCUAAGACUGAAGACCUUCACCUCAGACCUAGUUUUCAACACAUUUCAGUCUAAAAAGCCUUGGUGUAAUAUGAGUUCAUCAUUCCUUUGAUACAUUCGAUGCCUCCAGUACCAGAGGCAGCAAAGCAGCCCCACUGCAUGUUUUACUGUAGACAGGCUGUUCUUUUCUUUAUGAGCUUCAUGUUGACGCCUAUAAACAAACUGAAGCACUGUUUUCCCAGAGAGCUCGGCUUUGGUUUCAUCUGUCCAGAGAGCACUAUCCCAGAAAGACUGUGGCUCAUCUAUGAAAGAUUUUUUUGCAAACAUCAGUCUUUCCUUGUUGUGCCUUUUUUUUCAGUAGUGUUGUCCAGUCAGCCUGAAGCUGGUGUUUUCUUCCACAAUCAGCACCAACCUUUGCAGACUUCUCUCUCUGAGUUUCUUCUUAGCGCCACAUCCUGGAAGCGCCUUAACAGUUUUAUGACUUUGGAGCUUCACGAUAACAUCGCAAACUGUUGAAACAGCGGUUUCAAGAUGUUUGGCGUUCGGCUUGCGGCCUUUGGAAUUGUUGCUUUUUACUCAUAGCAGUUCUGAUGCUCUCAGCUCUCUUGUCUUCGCCAAUGUGAAAACGAAACUGGAAAUCAUCGUUCAUGGGUUAAUUCAGGUCAUGUGAACACUGAAAAUGAAGCAAAGGUGAGCCCUAUUUGCUUUUUUCUGUUUGAGGAGCUAAAAAAAAUUCAUCAAAACAUGUAUUUAGUGUACAUUUUAUGUUGUUCUUCAGUAACCUUGGACAUUUUAUUAAAUAUUGUGAUUAUACAACAUUGAUUCAUUCACAUUUGGUUCUGAAGAUAUCCUGAAUUCUGUACUUAAAUUUCAGGUGUGCCAAUAACUGUGGCCAGGACUGUACCUCUGGUAUGUUCCGCCUUGUCAACCAUUUGAGACCUCCUAAUAAUCGGAUAAGGCUCAUCUAGCCUUUGCAAUGUUGAGCUCAGGAGCCUGAGUCUUCUGAAGGACACAUUUAUAGACUGAAUCCUCUAAAAGAGGCAGCUGUUCAAAUGGAACUGGAGUAAAAGCAGGAGUGUUACUUUCAUUAAUCAUUAGAAAUUUUGCCUGAGGUUUGAUGUUGGCCCAGAGGUAGUUUUCCUAACGUCUUUAAUCCAACUGAUUGGACUAUUACUGCUGAUUCUUUCAUGAUACAUUCUGAAUCCUAAGCUUCCUGAUGCAGCCCCUUCCCUCUGACUCACUCAUCUUUUUGAUACUGCAGUAUUUGCUGAUCUGAGUGAAAAGAAACACUACUGAACGACGCUGGCUGUUCAGUGCUGUUAUCAUGCCGGAACACUGUCCACCACAUUUCAGUUCUGUUUCAUGGUCCAUACUGUCCAUCUACCUGCACCCGCUUCUGGUUUUAAUAUGAUGCCAUUUUGCAGCAGCGGUUUUUGUAUUGCGUGUGUGAAUGAGUCUGUCGGACAUUGACUGCCUUCUCCAAUCGGUUCCUCAGCAGACUUUGGUCGUCACAGUCAGGGAAACACUUCAUACGUCGUCUUAUGUGGCUAUCAAAGGUCUUCCACACCAUUAACUACUGAAUGUACAGAAUAUGCAGAUUUUCAAAUGUAAACAACAAAAUGUGUGAAUAAACUAAAGUUA